UUUCACUUGACUUGAAUUUUUUUUAUUUAUUUAUAUUAUCCAAACAUCCAACAAAAGAAACAGAAAGGACAAAUUAAUCCUAAUUUGUAAAAACAAUACAUAGAUUUAUACUACUGAAAAUAAAACAAUACAAAAAUGUCUUCAACUUCAGAAUUGGAUCAGUGGAUAGAGAUCGCUCAGCAGUGCAAAUACUUGCCUGAAAACGAUUUGAAAAAACUCUGUGAUAUUGUUUGCAGCAUGUUAUUGGAAGAAUCUAACGUACAGCCCGUAUCUACUCCUGUGACGGUUUGCGGUGAUAUUCACGGACAGUUUUAUGAUCUCGAGGAACUCUUCCGCAAAGGGGGACAAGUUCCGGACACCAAUUACGUAUUUCUUGGUGAUUUUGUGGAUAGAGGCUACUAUAGUUUGGAAACGUUUACACGGCUGCUUACCCUCAAAGCCAAAUAUCCAAAUAAAAUCACUUUGCUCAGAGGCAAUCACGAGAGUAGGCAAAUCACACAAGUAUACGGGUUUUAUGAUGAGUGUAUGAACAAAUAUGGGAAUGUAAAUGCUUGGAAAUAUUGCUGUGGAGUGUUUGAUUUGUUAACAGUGGCUGCUAUUAUUGAUGAGAAAAUUUUAUGUGUUCAUGGUGGCUUGAGUCCAGAUAUAAAGACUCUAGAUCAAAUUAGGAAAUUAGAGAGAAAUCAAGAAAUACCUCAUAAAGGAGCUUUUUGUGAUUUAGUUUGGUCCGAUCCGGAUGAAGUUGAUGCUUGGGCAACUAGUCCAAGAGGUGCAGGCUAUUUAUUUGGAGCAAAAGUUACAAACGAUUUUAUCCACAUCAAUUCUCUAAGUUUAAUUUGCAGGGCACAUCAGUUAGUGCAUGAAGGUUUUAAAUAUAUGUUUGAUGACAAACUAGUAACAGUUUGGUCUGCCCCAAAUUAUUGUUAUCGUUGCGGCAAUGUGGCAAGUAUCUUAGAAUGUGCUAGUACUGAAUCAAUCGAACCGAAAAUAUUCAGCGCCGUGCCUGAUACUGAACGAGUGAUACCAAGCAGGAACGUUACACCAUAUUUUUUAUAAUGUUUUAUUUUUUUUUUAAAUUUAAUUAUAAAUUAAUUACACACUUGAUAAUUUAGGGCUAACUGCAUUGUAUAUAAAGUUUCAAACUUGGAAAUUUUAAAAUUGAUGAAAUGAUUUUAAAAACAUAAAACACAUCCAGUUUAAAACUAAUUAUUGGAUUUUUUUGUGCAAAAAAACUGUAGGUAUCAAAUUGUUUUAAAUAUCUUAAAAUUCCUAUAAAAUCAUGCAUAAGGGUUCCUGAAAAAUACUUCAAGCCACCAUAUGGACUUGAAAAUUUCAGAAUUUAUUAAUUGGAGUUUCUUUAUUCUCUAUGAUGAACUAGAAGUUGAUAUGAAACUCAAGACUAAAGCUACAAAUUUUUUCUUUCAUUGAUGUCCAAAAAACAUAAAAUUCCCAUACAAUCACCUAUAAGAGUUCCUGAAAAAUACUUUAAUUUAAUAAUUGAAGUUUCUCCAUCAUCCAAAACAAGCCGGAAGUAGAUGUAAACCUAUCAAACUCUAUAUCAUUGAAAUCAGCAAAUGAAGUGCUAUCCAGUGAGAUAUUAAUAUUUGGGGUCUCCUUAAAAAAAAAAUAGACUUGGGUCAGUAUCUCAAAAUCUGAUGCUCUGAUGCUUAAAACAGUGCUUUUGGAAAGUUUUUAUGGAAAUCAAUCAUUUUCAUCAACAAAAAAGUUAUGAAGCUUUCACAGUAUGUAUUGCUCAAAAUCGAGAAACAUCUGACCUUGGUAAUAUCUAGAGAAAACUGUAUGGAGCAAAUUAAAUAUAUUUUUACAAUUUCAAUAAAUACAAAUAUCACAGAGACUUUAUUUUCUAAAAAAUAUUAUACACACAUGCUACAAUAAUUAAUACUGUGGUAAGAUGAGACAUGGGCAAUUUGCUAUCUGCUCCAUUAAAGUAAACGAUUCUAUCAUUGAGGGGUUGUAUUGGUCUAUAAUUAUGCGUUAACGGUCCGUUUUUAGAAAAUAGCUUCCGGAAGGCAUUUAUCUGAAAAAAAAAAUUUUAUUUGGUACAAGAUUUUGUGUCUCAAAUAAAAUAUGAUACUUUGAUUGACUUGGAAGUUAAAGUAAAAACAUGUACAAGUUCUUACUUGUUCCCUUGACAUCGGUAAGGGAUUUGUAAAUUCAAUCCAAGUAACCACCUCACUGCAAGGUGGCGUAGUUAAAGAACCCUCGUAAGUGUAAUAAAAACUGCGUUCUCCUUCUGGCCUAGUCAGAUCACUGAGAGAAUCUAAAUUGUUGAAGGUUCUGUUUGCCGACUCAUCGAUAACGUCUUUCAGGCCAUCCUCGAAAUUGUCAUAGCCUAGAUUAUCAUGUUCG